AAAUAAGAUUGAGGUACAGCCAGGUCAAAAUGUACUGAAACUCAUACAGGAUUGUUUCGAAAGUUGUGGCAGUGAUCUUACAAUAAGAUCUCCAAGUGCAACCCAUUGCUCAACUCCUAUUGUCAGAAAUGAGAAGAGGACUUCAAUACAGAGCCAACGGGCGGGGUUAACUAACUCUGUGAAAAGAGCCUGUAAUUCUGCAGGAUCCUUACUUGCAUCACCGCUAAAACCAGUCAGCUGCAGAGGAUGGUCACAUGAAUCACCCCUGAAGCCUGCAAUAAAUGAUUAUGUAGCUGAUUCUAAAAAAACAGCGUCUCCUGUGUCUAAAAGAGAAACAAAUAAUAUAUUAAAAGAUGUUGACGCACUAUGCAAAAGUCCUGUCAUGUCUUCAGACCCUGAGGAUGAUCAUGGGUCUGUUGGAUCACCUCUUCUUGUGGAGGAAGCAAAAAGUUUUCCUGUACAUAAAUUACAUUUUGAUGACCAAAAUACUCCUGCUGCAGUGAAGAGCCAUGUGGAAGUUGAAAAUUUGGAAGGACCUCAGACUGGGAGAGCUGAGCAGAUUGUUCUCGUGCGAGGAACAGAACAUAUUGCUACGUCUUCUGUACAGAAAGAGAAGCCUUUCUCUUCGGUUGUCUUAGCAGCUGUAGCAACAGGAACGCUUGGAAAAAGGUAUUCAGCCUCAAUAUCACCGCCAUCACCUCCUCCUGUGAAAGAUCAAGAUUUGGAAAUAGAAAAUGAAUGUGAAUUUUUGAUUGAUGAAUCAGAUGGUGUAUCUUUUAAUUCUUGGUUUUCAAUACCCCAUAAGAACAAAAAAUCAAAAAAAGAUGGCUCUGCAACUCCUGUUUCUAAAUCUCAGCCCUCUGAAAAGGAGAAAUCAGAGAGUAAGAAAGGCAAGAACAGAAAAGUACAAGUUGAAGCACUUACUAAACAGAAAAUGGAUGAUUUGGAUGUCAGAAUACAUGACUUCAAAGGAACAUCAGAAUCAGAUCCAGUCUCUAAGAGUGAAGGAAAUGUCCUUAAAUCUCAAAGGCAAAACAGUACUCAUAUGGGAAAGACUAAAAAGUGUGCACUUAGGCAAGGCUCUCCAAACCAGAAAAAGGACACGUCCUGGAAACCAGAAGCUGAAGAACUGAUGAUGUCACGGUCUGGAUUGGAAACAAAAGCAUCUGAUGCAGAACAAUGUAAAACAAGGGUGAUGCCAAGUGAGGAGUCACCUAUGCCCUCAGCUGGGCACCAGCAAGAGAGGACCGUGUCUCCAAAAAAGAAUCUCAAGUCUUCCAAGUAUCCGCAGUUGGCUUCAAAAGCUUCUCAGCAUUUAGUUAGCAAGAAACAAACUGCUAAGCAGAAACUUCCAAAAGUUACAGUAGCUAAGAGACAGGCAGAAAGUCCAAGGAAGAAGCUUAAAAAAUCUGGCAAGAAAAGUAGUAAUAAAAAGCCUCAGUUACAAAGAGAGGAGAGUUCUGACAGUGAACCUGGUGAAGAAGAGCUUGAAAAAGAGCUUGUAAAAUUGAAUGAAGUGUUUACCUCACCCCUGCAGAAAUUACAGACUUCCGUGAUUCAGAAGUUGGCUAAGUCUGAAAAGCCUAAAAAUGUACUGCACACAUUGGAGUCACGUGGUGGUGCAAAUAACAAAACUCCUGUAAAAGCACUACAGCAUCUCAUAGACAGUGUGAAGAAUUCUGAAAAGAAACGAUUGUCAGCUAAGUCUUCAGGGAAGAUACCCAAAAAGAUUCAUCACAGAACCAGUAAAGGUGUUUGCUCAGACCCUGAGGACACUGAGUCUCAAACGGAUUCUGACAGCUUUUCUGUACAGGACGUGGCAAGAAAAAAACAGAAGUUAUCAGAUGUGAAAAUAAAAAGUAACAAAAGAAAACAUAACAUGCAACGUGGUCUACAGUAAGCUUUUUAUGUAAUUCCUUACAAGUGUGGUGUAACUUG